AUGGCCAAGCUCAACAUGUCUGAGGUGUGGGCGGACAUCAAGACGUACCGUCGCGCCUAUGUACUCACCGCUGUGGCUUCCUUUGGUGGAAUGCUGUUCGGUUGGGACACGGGUCUUAUCGGAGGUGUAUUAACGAUGGACGCGUUCCAGCACUCAUUCGCCCUAGAUAAGGACAGCAAAGACUUUGCCAACCUACAGGGAAACAUCGUCUCUGUUCUUCAGGCGGGGUGUUUCUUUGGUGCAUUGUCUAGUUUCUACGUCUCAAAUACUUUUGGGCGCAAAUGGGCCCUAAUCAUUGCGGACGUCAUUUUCAUCCUUGGGUCUUUGAUCCAAACCUUAUGCGGAAUUGGCACGACAAGUCUCACACAGCUUUACAUUGGACGCGUCAUUGGCGGUUUCGGCGUUGGUCUGAUUUCAGCGGUCGUCCCUACCUAUAUUGGAGAGAAUGCGCCAAGGGCCAUCCGAGGACGUUGUAUUGGUUGCAUGCAACUCUUCAACGUGACUGGUAUAUGUCUGUCCUUUUUCGUAAACUACGGCAUAUCGCUCGACAUCCCUAGCCCCACAGACGCGACAAAGUGGCGUGUGCCAUUUGCCCUCCAGAUGCUUCCCGGCGCCUUCCUGCUUGUGGGCAUGCUCUUCAUGAAUGAGUCUCCCCGCUGGCUCGUCGAGAAGAACAAGCUUAGCCAAGCCGCCAAAGCUUUGGCCCACGUCCGCGGCAAGAGCGUCGAGAACCCUGAGGUGGUGCAGGAGCUAGACGAGAUCAUUGCGGACUUUAACGGCCAUGAGAAGAUGCCAAUGAUGGCUCAGCUCAGGGCUGCCUGCUCGAGCAAGAAGAUGCUGUACCGCUCGAGCUUUGUUGUAAUCCUCAUGUUCUGGCAACAGUGGACCGGUACCAAUUCGAUCAACUACUAUGCGCCGCAAAUCUUCAAGCAGAUUGGCCUCACUGGCAACUCUUCCGGGCUAUUCGCAACUGGAGUAUACGGUAUCGUCAAGAUCGCCGUUACCGCGAUUGGCCUGAUGGCCUUCACCGAGCAACUCGGAAGGAAGUGGUCGUUGAUCCUCGGCUCGAUGGGCCAAGCCUUUGCGAUGUACUACAUUGGCGUCAACCAGGCAGUCCACCCACCCACAGGUGAGCUGGAUGGCAACGCAAUCUUCGCCAUCAUGUGCGUCUAUCUCUUCGUCGUGUUCUACUCGUUCGGGUGGGGACCGAUCCCAUUCGUGCUGGCAUCGGAGUGCAGUCCUAACCACGUGCGCUCUCUGCUCAUGGCGGCCUCGUUGAUGACGCAGUGGCUCUUUAACUUUGUCAUCGCAAAGAUUACCCCCCUGAUGCUGGACAACAUUACGUACGGAACGUUUCUUUUAUUCGGCUCGCUGUGCAUUGUCAUGGGUGUCUGGACGGUGUUCUGCGUGCCUGAGACGAAGGGAGUGCGACUGGAGUCCAUCGGCGAGCUGUUCGAGGGCAACAUCAUCAGGGGUUGCAUUCAGGAUACGGUGCCGAGCAAGUCGCGGGCGAAGCAGCUCAGGCACCAUCACGCCACGGACGAUGCCGAUUCGACCAAAAGCGGCGUGGGCAAGGCUUCACGGGUUGAGCAGAUCGAGGAUGUGUAG